AUGUGCGUUGAUUACAUCGAUCUCAACCGGGCAUGCCCCAAAGACUGCUAUCCACUCCCAAGGAUAGACCAACUGGUCGACGCCACCGCAGGCUAUGAACUCCUUACGUUUAUGGACGCAUUCUCGGGCUAUAACCAAAUCCGGAUGGCACCACAAGAUCAAGAGAACACUACCUUCAUCACCGACAGAGGAGUGUAUUGCUACAAAGUAAUGCCUUUCGGCCUAAAAAAUGCUGAGGCAACCUACCAAAGAAUGGUCGACAAGCUAUUCAAGCAACAGCUCGGGAGGAAUAAGGAAGUGUAUGUGGACAGCAUGAUCGUGAAGAGCAAGGAUGCAAGCACACACCUGGCCGACCUGGCGGAGACAUUCCAAACACUCAAGUGGUUCAACAUGCUCUUGAAUCCCGCGAAGUGCAUCUUCAGGGUCAGCUCGGGAAAAUUCCUCGAUUUCAUCAUCCACCAGAGAGGGAUAGAUGCCAACCAAGAAAAGGUUCGAGCCAUAACCGAGAUGCAUCCCCCCCCGCUCGAUCAAGGAGGUGCAGCGCCUCGCCGAGAAGUUGGGGGCACUUUGCAGCAAAUCCUCUCCAAAUUCGAUGCGUCGGGUCGAAUGCUGCGGUGGUCGGUUGAGCUCAGUGAAUUCGACAUUCAAUACUCCCCUAGAAUGGCCUCCAAAGCCCAAGUACUGGCUGACUUCAUCUCCGAGCUGACUCCUGAAGAUCAUGCUAUUGGACAAGGGAACAACGAGAGCACAUGGACCCUGCAUGUGGAUGGCUCGGCCACUGCCGACAUGGCCGGGGUCGGACUUAUCCUCAAAAGCCCAUCUGGAGAAACCUACAAGAGAUCGCUUCGAUUACAAUUACGGGCCACCAACAAUGAGGCCGAGUACGAGGUGCUACUCCACAGCCUACGCCUCACCCUAGAGAUGCAUGUGGGCAAUCUCGAGGUCUUCAACAACUCCCAGCUGGUGACGGGACACGUCAACGACAACUAUGAAGCUCGGGACCCGACAAUGGCGUUAUACCUGACAGAAGUGAAACAACUCCCCCAUCGCUUCAACCGCCUCUCGGUCACUAGAGUACCUCAAGCACAGAACACAUAG